AUGAUCAUCGUUUGCAUCUUGAAGAUUUGCCUGCUGAUACUUCUCCUGUUCACUGAAAUCCUGGCCUUCCAUACGGGUCUAGUCUCAUGGCUGACAGACAUUUUGCCAACAUUUCACGUGGAUUGGCUCUUGAUACAAUAUUUCUUGUUGGUGACGAUUAUUCAGACAGAUUUUGCUGAUGUGAAUCGAGCGAUACAAAGCCUCAUCAGAAUCAAUACACUUGAUUUUCGACUGCAAUCUUUCUACCAAAUGCGUCGUAUCGUAGUCAACAAUUCGAUCGUUCAUCAACUGUUGCAAUUGCAAGAUGUGCAUUGUCAUCUUUGUGAAAUCUCUGAAGAUGUGUCGAGUUUCUAUUCACUACCAGUACUAUUCGGAAUCGUUUUUCUCUUUCUGACACUCGUAUAUAAUGGUUACUAUCUUCUCUUGCCUCUGUUGAUGAUUGAUAUCUUAGAAUAUGAGACUCUUAGUAAUACCAUCGUCUGGAUAAUAUUUCUGAUUUAUCCCAUCUCUCUCCUCACCAAUAGAAUUACCAGGAUUUUAAUCGAGAUGAAGAAAACGGGUAAUAUAGUGCAUAAUCUUUUAAACUGUACAAUCGGGAAAGAGACAAAAGCAGAGCUCAAAUUUUCGCUUCAGUUGCUACAUCGCAAAAUACAGUUUACAGCUAACGGAUAUUUUACGCUCGAUAAUACUUUUCUUUAUUCGCUAAUUGGCACAGUGAUAACAUAUUUGGUAAUACUUGUGCAAUUUCAAAUGGGAAGCUCGCGUUCAUCAGACAGCAAUGUAACUAUACAAGGAAAAAUUUAA